GCGGCAUCUUGUUCGGCGCGGCAGUCCAGGGUGUGCAGCCACCGGUAGGAACGUAACAAGCUGACCCGAUCGUUUUCAACACUGAGAGUUUCACGACAAUUUAAUACAAGAUCUGACGAGAAAAAAAACAACAACACAAGCACUUUCUGUUCCGACUCGACGGCCAAUUGAAGGGGUCCUUUAAUGUGACGUUUUUGACGUCACAACCGUGACACUUCCUUGUUAGUGACCUGAGCUGAAUCGGAGAUCUGUCCACCGGAAUGUAUAUAUUCAGGAAUAAUCCCAAGAGGAGAAAGCGUGGCGACUCACAAGCCUGAUUGGCGUCAUUGUCAUUCACACCGGUCCGCGUCCCCUCGCCGUCAUGUUGUGCUGGGGUAACGCAAAAGAUGGACAGUUGGGGAUGGGUGCAGACAGAGAGCUGCUGACCGAGCCCACGAGCUGUCCGGCGUUCAGAGGCAUGGAACUCAAAGAAGUGGCCUGUGGAGGUCAGCAUACUGUGUUCCUGCUCCAUGACGGAAGCGUGUACACGUGCGGCUCCAACAGCUGUGGACAGCUGGGGCAAGACAAACCGGGCGUUUCCCCGGAGCUGGUUGGAGCUCUGGACGCUCAGAAGAUCACCAUGGUGUCCAGCGGGCGAGCCCAUUCCAUGGCAGUCAAUGAGCAGGGUCAAGUGUUCGCAUGGGGGGCCGGUGAAGGGGGUCAGCUUGGCCUGGGGACGGCAGAGAUGGCAGUUCGAAUCCCGAGGUUGGUCAAAAGGCUGGGCGACCACAGCAUUGCCCAAGUAAUGUGUGGAAACCAACACUGCAUUGCACUUUCUAGAGAUGGUCAGCUGUUCACGUGGGGCCAGAACACAAACGGUCAACUGGGUCUGGGGAAAGAAGAGUCCAGCAAACUCGCCCCGCAGCCACUGAAGUCUCUGGCGGGGAUUCCUUUAGCGCAGAUCACCGCUGGUGGGGACCACAGCUUCGCACUCUCCUUGUCUGGAGCGGUGUUUGGCUGGGGGAAGAAUACAGCGGGUCAGCUGGGUCUCAAUGAUAAACAAGACCGUGCUGUUCCGUGUCACAUCAAGUUCCUGAGAUCUCAAAAAGUGGUUUACAUCAGCUGCGGAGACGAGCACACAGCAGCCCUCACUAAGGAUGGCGGCUUGUUUACAUUUGGCGAUGGUUCAAGUGGCCAGCUGGGUCACGGCUCCACCAGUAACGAGUCUUUACCCCGACGAGUGCUGGAGCUGAUGGGCACUGAGGUGUCUCAGAUCACCUGUGGCAGUCACCACACGCUGGCAUUCGUGCCCUCCUCUGGUCUGGUGUAUGCAUUUGGUCGUAACCGCCAUGGUCAGCUGGGCACAGGAACACAAGAGGAUGCCCAAAGCCCAUUUCCUGUUUUGACAGGCUUUCUGACUGGGAAUGGCCACAGAUCAGUAACCAAAAUUGUCUGUGGAGGAGACCACAGUUUCUUAUUGUACUCUAAUGAAGAGAGUUCUGUGGCCCCAGAUGACUUUAGAGUGAUGAAUGUCAACAAAAGCCUCACCCGCAUCACGCAUGAAAGAUUAAAUUCAUGGAGGUUAAAACUCAUGUCCACUCCAGAUUCAGGUGCCAGAGACGACAUCAUAUUUCAGCUGUCUUCUACUGCUUGUUGGAAUGCCAGCUUCUUGGACCAAAGCAAUGAUGCCCACUUCAAGACCAACCCAAAGAUCCCAGGCAUCGAUCUCGACUCUGUCAGGACGUUAUUUGAGGAGCUCAGCCGACCGGCCUUCUCUGGGCUCCUGGAGCAGGCCACCAAGAGUUUUGAGAGUCGGCUGAUCCCGCAGCUGCCGAGCUCCCCACCCGACGUGGAAGCCAUGAGGAUCUACCUCAUCUUAUCCGAGUACCCGGCUCUGCAGGACUCCAAGUACUACAUCCGCCUUACCAUCCCUCUUGCCAUGGCUAUCCUACGGCUAGACACUAACCCCAGCAAAGUAUUGGAUAACUGGUGGUGUUUCUUGGACGACUGUGCGUUUGAAAGGAUGGUGGACAUGUACAAGAGCAUCGUUGUGUUCAUGCUGGCGGGCGGCAAGAUGUGCCAUGUUCCCUUGUUCUAUGACAACUACUUUCUCGCUACUCUGAGGCUGCUGGAGAAACUCCACAAGGUAAACCAGAAGGCCCAUCAUGUGGAGUACAGCCGCUUUUAUAUCCCCGACGUCAACAACUUGGUAGACAUCGAGGAGGACUACCUCAAAUGGUUUCUGGGGAAAGCUGAAACGGAACUGGGAUCCCACAGUCUCCAUGCACAAAAGUUGGAUUUCCCCUCAGUUAACUUUUGUGCCUACCCGUUCAUUUUGAACGCACAAGCCAAGGCAACUAUGUUGCAAACGGACGCUGAGUUGCAAAUGCAGAACGCGGUAAGCAAAGUCAACGUCCACAACAUCUUCAGGCUGUUUACGCUGGAGCCCCAGCCAGUCAAGAACCCAUACCUGGUGCUCCAUGUGCGUAGGGAGCAUUUAGUCAGCGACGCGCUACGGGAGCUCACCACUUAUUCCGACCUGGACUUCAAGAAGCCGCUCAAGGUGACGUUUGAUGGCGAGGAGGCUGUGGACGCCGGCGGCGUGACUAAAGAGUUUUUCCUGCUCCUGCUGAAGGAGCUGAUGGAUCCUGUUUACGGAAUGUUCACGCAGUAUGAGGAGUCCAACCUGCUGUGGUUCUCUGAUAAAUGUUUUGUGGAGCAGAACUGGUUCCACCUGAUCGGCAUCGUUUGCGGUCUGGCCAUCUACAACUCCACAGUGGUGGACCUCCACUUCCCUUUGGUCCUCUACAAGAAGCUGCUGGAUGUGACCCCCACGCUGGAUGACCUGGAGGAGCUGUCACCCAUCGAGGCCCGGAGUCUUCAGCAACUCCUGGCCUAUGAAGGAAGUGACAUGGAGGAGACUUUUCUUCUCAACUUUGCAAUCACCAGAGAGAACUACGGCGUGAUGGAGGUGAAAGAGCUCAUCCCGGGAGGUCAGCACAUCAGCGUGGACAAACACAACAGGAAAGAGUUUGUGGACGCGUACCUCCGCUACAUAUUCUGUGACUCCGUUAGCGAUGAGUACUCCGCCUUCGCUUCAGGCUUCCUGAAGGUUUGCGGAGGAGACGUGCUGUCCCUGUUCCAGCCUUCUGAGCUGAUGGCCAUGGUUGUGGGAAACAACAACUACAACUGGGAGGAGAUGGAGAAGAAUGCAGAUUACAAAGGAGAAUAUUCAAGCACUCAUCCAACAGUGAGAUUCUUCUGGGAGGUUUUUCACGAGUUCUCGCUGGAGAAGAAGAAGCAGUUUUUGCUGUUCCUGACGGGCAGCGACCGCAUUCCCAUCCACGGAAUGGCCAGCCUGAAGAUCGUCAUCCAGUCGACGGCGGCGGACGAGCACUUCCUGCCUGUGGCCCACACCUGCUACAACCUGCUGGACAUGCCGUGCUAUCGCUCGAAAGACGUCCUGUGCCGCCGCCUCACUCAGGCUGUCGAGCAAUAUGAGGGCUUCAGCCUCGUCUGACCUUGU